AUGGCGUGGAUACGGACAGUCGGUGUUUUGCUGCUGCUGGCAUUGGGCUCGUCCAUCGCUAAAGUGGAGGAGGAGGACCCCGAGUACUGGAGGUCUCAGGCCCGGAGCACUCUGAAGACCCGGCUCCACCACAAACCCAACACCAACGUGGCCAAGAACGUCAUCCUGUUCGUGGGGGACGGAAUGAGCAUCACCACGAUCACAGCCGCUCGGAUCCUGAAGGGACAGCUACGAAACCAGUCCGGAGAAGACUCGGUGAUGACCAUGGACACCUUUCCCAAUGUCGGAAUGAUCAAGACGUACAGUGUGGACUUCCAGAUCCCGGACAGCGCCGCCACCGCCACGGCGUAUCUGUGCGGCGUGAAGACCAACCUCAACACGCUCGGAGUGAACGCCGCCGCUCGCAACGGCGUCUGCAAGAGUCAGAAAGGCAACGAGGUCACGUCCAUCCUCAAGUGGGCCAAAGACGCAAAAAAAUCCGUGGGAAUAGUGUCCACGACCAGAAUCCAGCACGCCACCCCGGCCGCCGCCUACAGCCACAGCGCCAGCAGGAAGUGGUACGGAGACGCCGACCUGCCCGCCUCGGCCAAACGGGACGGCUGCACUGACAUCUCCGCUCAGCUCAUCAACAACACAGACAUAGACGUAAUCAUUGGAGGUGGCAGGAAAUACAUGACUCCUCGCGGCACCAAAGACCCAGAAUACCCUCGAGAUUUCACCUCCAGAGGAAAGAGACAGGACGGACGCAACAUAAUCGACGAGUGGCAGAGGAUGAAGAUGGGAAAAGUCGCUCGUUACGUUUGGAAUCGAACAGACUUUGAUUCAGUCGACCCUGAGACCACAGACUACCUCAUGGCUCUUUUUGAACCCGGAGAUCUGCGCUUCGAGGCGGACAGGGAUCCCAAAAUGGACCCUUCCAUCGUAGAGACCACGGAGAAAGCCAUCCGCAUCCUGCAGAAGAACAAAAACGGGUUCUUUCUGCUGGUGGAAGGUGGGAGGAUCGACCAGGCUCACCACGAGGGCAGAGGGUUCAUGGCGCUUCACGAAACAGUGGCCUUUGACUACGCCAUCGGCAAAGCUCUGGAACUGACCAAUGAGAAGGAGACUCUGGUGGUGGUGACCGCUGACCACUCCCAGCCCAUCAUCUUCAACGGCUACCCUUUCAGAGGGCAAAGCGUUCUGGGUAAAUCUCCGCUGUGGGCUCAGGACUUUAAGCCCUACACGAUGCUGAUGUACGGGAACGGACCAGGACACAAGCUCAUCAAUGGCUCUCGGCCAAAUCUCAAGGACGUCGACACCAAAACCAAAGACUUUGUGCAGUAUGCGGCGGUGCCCACAGAGUCGUCCACUCACAGCGGCGAGGACGUGGCGGUCUUGGCUCGCGGCCCCAUGUCACACCUGUUCCACGGAGUCCAGGAGCAGAACUACAUCGCUCACGCCAUGGCCUACGCCUCCUGCGUGGGGGAGGACCAGAGCCACUGCUCCUCCUCCGUCAGCCCCACCCUCGACGGCGCGAACAACCUCGCUGCGGCCACCGGGGGCGCUCAUUUCAGCCGUCUGCUCUCUGUGCUGCUGCUGAUGCUCGCGCUCUUCCACUGA